UGUCUGCUCCUAGUUCAGUAAACAACACACUGACUCAGAGCUCUUACUCUCAGCGGAGAGGGGCUGGUGGAAAUUAUUCUAUCCCCCUAACCCAAAAAUAAAAUCCCAUUCUUAACGUUUUUUAAAAAUUGUUUUCAGCAACCCUUUCUCCUUAUUCGCUUGCAGCCGGUUACCUGCGCUAAUGUUAUUAAUGUCAUCUUACUGUUUUGCUUUUGGUUAGAAGAGAGGAAAAUGUGGAUUCAAGUCCGGACUAUCGACGGCAAGCAAACGCGCUGCGUGGAUGAUUUAUCUAGGUUGACCAAAAUUGAAUGUUUGAGAUUAAAAAUCCAAGAAAGCUUCAAUGUGGACCCGGAGUGCCAGCGCUUGUUUUACAGAGGCAAACAGUUGGAAGAUGGCCAUAGUCUGUUUGAUUACAACGUGGGACUGAAUGAUAUCAUUCAGCUUUUGAUUCGCCAGCCUACUUUGUCUACAGCGAAGAAAAAAGAGAAUGAGGUUGAGCUGUCCGACAGUGACUCGGGAUGUAGCUCAUCGCAGAGUGAAUGUGACAAAACCUCUUCCAGUGAAGAAACUAACAAGAAAAAUCGUCCAGGAACAUCGACUCGAUCGUUUCUUAUUGAUCCAGGCUUUGGGUUGUACAAGAUAAAUGAGUUGGUGGAUGCCCGUGAUUUGGUAAUCGGAGCCUGGUUUGAAGCUCACAUUGUAAAUAUCACACGAAAAACAAAGGGACAGAAAAACAGUGCAUCAAAAAAUGAUGCCAGUGGAAAUGAAAGGACAAGAGCGCACACUCAAAAUGUUAAAGAUCUCUCGGACCAAGAUCAGUCACAGCACUGUAGUGGGACCACCUCAAAUAGUUUGGACUGUACGCCAUCUACUUCCAGUGUGGAUUCUACUGAUGAUGACAUUGUGUAUCAUAUCAAGUAUGAUGAUUAUCCAGAAAAUGGAAUAGUGGGGAUGUGUGCAGAAAAUGUUCGGCCACGAGCUAGGACAGUUUUGAAAUGGGAUCAGCUUCGAAUAGGACAAGCUGUGAUGGUAAAUUACAAUUUAGAGAUACCAGAGGAACGUGGUUUCUGGUUUGAUGCAGAAGUUACCGCUCUGAAGGAGACAUCAAGGACAAAUAAAGAAAUCUUUGUUAAAAUUCUUUUGGGUGGCCCAUUAGAUAUGAUAGGUGACUGCAAGAUACCAUUUUUGGAUGAAAUAUACAAGAUUGAGGGACCUGGAGCCGAUCCAAUAACACUAGCUGAUGGACAAUUUAAGAGGAAGAGUGGCCCUGAAUGUAAAUACUGCAAGGCGGAUCCAGAGAAAGAAUGCAGAUUUUGCGCCUGUCGAUUAUGUGGUGGAAAGCAGGAUCCGGAUAUGCAGCUGCUGUGUGAUGAGUGUAAUAUGGCGUAUCACAUAUACUGCUUGAACCCACCCCUCAGCAAGAUACCAGAUGAUGAGGACUGGUAUUGCCCCUCCUGUAAGAAUGAUACAAGUGAAGUUGUGCGAGCAGGGGAAAAACUGAAACAAAGUAAGAAGAAGGCCAAGAUGCCAUCUGCCAGCACUGCAAGUCAGAGAGACUGGGGCAAGGGUAUGGCCUGUGUUGGUCGCACAAAGGAAUGCACAAUAGUUCCUUCCAACCAUUAUGGUCCCAUACCUGGCACUCCUGUUGGCACAAUGUGGAAGUUCAGAGUUCAGGUGAGUGAAGCAGGUGUUCACAGGCCACAUGUUGGAGGGAUUCAUGGACGAAGUAAUGAUGGAGCCUACUCUCUGGUGCUAGCUGGUGGCUUUGAGGAUGAAGUGGAUAGAGGUAAUGAAUUCACAUACACUGGAAGUGGUGGUCGCGAUCUUUCUGGAAACAAACGAAUUGGAGAACAGUCCUAUGAUCAGACUCUUACCAACAUGAACAGGGCAUUAGCUCUUAAUUGUGACGCCGUGCUCAAUGACGAGGUUGGUGCCGAAGCCAAAGAUUGGAAAGCUGGGAAAUCCGUCCGGGUUGUCAGGAGUUCAAAAGGUCGGAAAGUCAGCAAAUACGCACCGGAGGAAGGCAACAGAUACGAUGGGAUUUACAAGGUGGUGAAAUACUGGCCUGAAAUUGGAAAGUCAGGUUUCCUGGUGUGGCGCUAUCUGUUGCGACGUGAUGAUGUAGAACCUGCUCCUUGGACUCCAGAAGGAAAGGACAGGACAAAGAAGUUAGGGUUGAAAAUGCAGUAUCCUGAAGGAUACCUGGAAGCUAUGGCAAAUAAGGAGAAAAAGGGCAAGAAACAGGAGCGGACCGCGAUCGUGAACAAUUGUAGAAGAACAACACAGAAGAGACGACAGGAAAAUGCCAGCGCUGCCACAGUGACUAUGCCACCACCUCCAAAGACUGCAAAGCCUUCUCAGGAUGAUGCUGAGGGAGAAACUUACCAGCUCACACCACAGCAACAAUGGCUCAUCAGAGAGGACUGCUUGAAUAAGAAACUUUGGGAUGAAGCACUUGCCUCUCUUAUGGAAGGCCCGAAAUUCUUGAGGAAAACCGAGCAGAUCUUCAUGUGUAUUUGCUGCCAGGAGUUGGUUUUCCAGCCAAUCACAACAGAAUGCCAGCACAACGUUUGCAAGAGCUGCCUGCAACGAUCAUUCCGGGCCCAAGUCUACACUUGUCCUGCCUGUCGCCAUGAACUUGGAAAGGAUUACAACAUGGUUCCCAACAAGAUUCUGCAGUCCAUUCUGGAUCAGUUCUUUCCGGGAUACAGCAAAGGACGAUGACACUCAAUUGCGCAGUCUGUCUCCUGUCUGCACACGUUUGUACAGGGGAGGGAAGGCCAGGGUAGGGGAGGAGAAUAAAACAAAUGUCAAUAAUGGAUCAAUAGGGCCUGAAGGUAUACAACUUGAGACCAUCAUUUUAGAACAGCUAAUGUUUCUCCCCAUUUGGACCAUUGGUAAUGCUUCAUUACACUGUGCAUAAUACAGCAUAUUAUUCUUUUCCAUUGACUGUCUGGUAACACCUAAGGUAGUUUCCUUUGCCAACACAUAGGCUUGGCCUCAUAACGUAAAUGGUCUGAUGCUAGACUCACAUUUUUUUAAAACUACCUCAAGACAGUGGAAAGGAAUUUGUGGGGAGUUUUCAGUCUAAAAGAAGUCCAGCUACACACUGCCUCUUUGAAUCAAUAUUAUCUGUGCCUGGUCCAUAAUGCUUGGUUUUGAAAUGUAAUAGCACUGAAAAUUAUAACUGAUUUAAAGUAAUUCUGUGGUGACUAUCUCUCUCUUUACCUUGAUUUUAUAAUGUUGCUAUUUUGAAAAAAAAGCAAAAAUGUUUAAAAAAAUUUCAGCAAGUUUAAUGGGCUUUCUUGUGAGGUUGCGUGUGUAUUCUGUUAUCUUUUGAAUGGUUUGACUACUAAUGGCUUUUAAGGGUAAUUAUGUAACAUUGUACCUACAUUAGUGUUCAGUAAUUUCUGUAUUGUUAUUUGCAUAACUAAAUGCAAAAGAAACAAAAAGCACUUCUAGUCAAACAGAAUACAUCAUGUAAAGAAAAUACAUUUGUUAUUACUGAAUAUGCCACUUUUAGUAUUUUAGUCACACAUUAUAUAUAUUAUAACUAGAUUAUUUGUAUGUGGCAAUUAUGUCUGUAUCAGUGUUAAAACAAUUCUAGCUUUGAGGGUGUGGGAGUAGAAAACACUUCAUAUUGUCAUUUUGAGAUUUGAUAUAUAUUCCUUGACCAGUACUUACCAAUAAACAUGUUAACAUUUGAAA